AUGGCCUCCAAGGUGACUGUGGUCACUGUGGGAACCAUGGCCACCAUGGCACCAAGGUGGAAGCAUCCCCAAGGGCCCCUCCCACCUCAGAGGGCUUCUCCUGGCUACUGCAGCCCUGGGAGUGGACACCAGGAUCACCUGAGCCAUGAGGCCACCAAGGCCACCAUGGUCUCUGUGAUUACCACAGACUAUGAUCCCCAGAAAAAUGAGGUCACCAAGGCUACCAAGGCCACCAGUGCCAUUAUGUCCACUAUGGCCACCAUGAGGCCACUGUUGGCACCACUUGUCCCACACCGGUCCUGGUGGCCUCUCUUCUCCAUGGCCCCCUUGGCUCAGACUCUGGCACUGCUGGCAAUAACUGCGGCUACAGCAGCCAUAACGGUGGUGCCCCUGGACAUGGCCCAGGACUCCUUUGAUGACCAGUACCUGAAGUGUCGGGAUAAAAUGACUGAGAAGUUGCGAGAACUCAAGCGCUCUGAUUUCCUCAAGAAUCACACUUUUUUUGAAAGGAUCUGGACAAAUGCCAUGGCCGAGUGUCAAACACGAGGCUGCUAUUCAUCCUCCCUGACCAAAGACCAGGCCGUCGCCCUCAUGGCCUACACGAUGGGGGACCUGUACGAUCCAUUCAACGCGGCCGUGCGCACGGCUGGAAAGUCCAGCCAGGAAUACCGGGACAACUUCCACUUCAAAACGCUGCAUUUCCUGCUGACCCAGGCCCUGCAGAAGCUGAGAAGCCCUGCUAAGUGUCUGGACGUGUUCCGGGGGGUGGAUAGGUACCAGUUUGAGGUGAAGACUGGCGCUAAAGUUCGCUUUGGUCAAUUCACUUUGUCAUCUCUGGACAAAACGGUGGCCAAGCGUUAUGGGACAGACACGAUGUUUGAGGUACACACGUGCCAGGGGGCGGACAUCCACAACUUCUCCUUCAAUCAAAGGGAGAAGGAGGUGCUGAUCCCGCCCUUCGAGACCUUUGAGGUCACCAAAGUCAAGAUGGAAGGAAGCACAUUGAACAUUGGGCUUCGCUCCACUGGGAACUCCAGCAACUAUGACUGCGAGUGGCUGCGAGGUGGGAGCCUCCCCAGGAACUCCCCCUACUUUGGGGGGCUUCUCCUGGCCACCGUGGCCAUGGCAGUGGUCACCGGAACCCUCUGA